AGUAAAAAAUUAAUUGUUUUUUUUUUUUUUGUUUGGAAGAAAUAAUAACUGGUAAAAAAAUCAGUUGGUACGAUUUUCAUUCCUUAAAAAAAAAAAAAAAAAAAAAACCCUGAAAUUAUGUGAUAGUGCAAUUGAUAAGAGUAGAAGACGAAUCUACAUAGUUUCGUGUGAUUGAGUUUGUGUGGUUGGAGUUGUACAGUCACCCCUUCAAGCUGUAUUACCACCGCCUCCAUUACACCAUUAACACACCACCAUGACCCUUCUUCCCUUUCGUUACUCUUAUAUUGUGCAGGUUUGACAUUUCCUGAUGCACAUUAAUACGAACACAUACCCAACGAGUGGAGUUUUCGAAGUUUCAUACUUGAAUAGGAGAAAACAUAGCUCAAUAUAUGAAAUUACAUGGAGGGCAACUGCUUCCCUAAGUUUAGAUAAUCUCAAAGGGUGUUGUAGUGUUAGAUAUCGAAAGGUAUCAACUCAAGUUAUGGAAAAAAUUGAUAGCAAUGGCAUUACCAAAGAGCAUGUUGAUGAUUUGCAACUUCCAUCUUCUUAUGAGUCUGCUAUGGAAGCACUUUCUUCUCUCAUUUCUGGUCAUAAACGAGGACAGAAACCGCUUAUGCCUAGUAAAUAUGAUAAAUUGGAACGAAUGAGAAUGUAUCUAAAGAUACUUGGCUUGGAAGAACAUAUAGCGGGACUCAAAAUUAUUCAUGUGGCGGGAACAAAGGGGAAGGGUUCAACCUGCACAUUCUGUGAAGCCAUUCUACGCGAAUGUGGUGUACGAACUGGACUCUUCACUUCUCCUCACCUAAUUGAUGUGAGGGAAAGAUUCCGAAUAAAUGGGUUGGAGAUCACAGAAGAUAGGUUUCUACAGCAUUUUUGGGAAUGCUGGCACAAGCUGGAGGAAAAUAUAACAGAGGACCUACCAAUGCCUCCAUUAUUUCAGUUCCUCACUGUAUUGGCUUUCAAAAUCUUUACUUCUGAACAGGUUGAUGUUGCUAUUGUCGAAGUUGGUAUUGGCGGAAAAAAUGAUUCUACAAAUGUGAUCAAAGAACCUGUUGUGUGUGGCAUUACUUCUUUGGGAAUGGAUCAUACAGAGACUUUAGGAAAUACCCUUUCGGAGAUAGCAUCCCACAAAGCUGGAAUUUUUAAGCCUAAAAUUCCAGCGUUCACGGUAUCCCAACUUUCAGAAGCAAUGGAGGUCAUUCAGGAAAGAGCAAACGAGCUCGAGGUUCCAUUGGAAGUAACCCCAGCACUUGACCCGAAGAAGUUGGAGGGCUUAAAGCUUAGCUUGUCUGGCGAUCAUCAGUUAAUUAACGCCGGUCUUGCUGUUUCCCUUUGUAAAUGCUGGCUUCAAAGAACAGGAAACUGGGAAAAGCUUACGAAAAAUGAUGAUUUAGAAGCUGCUGAUUUACCACAUGCCUUUCGUAGAGGUUUGGCAAGUGCGCACAUUUCUGGAAGAGCUCAGAUAAUUCAUGAUGCUUCUUCAAACUCUAAUGCCACCGAAGGCUCACGUGGAGAUUUGAUAUUCUAUUUAGAUGGAGCGCAUAGCCCAGAAAGCGUUGAAGCUUGUGCUAACUGGUUCUCUAGUUCAAUUAAAGAAAAUGAAAACUCUUCUGUUUCUAAUUUUAAGCUUGAUAAGAUGAAUGGUGUUCCAACAAAUGGUCACUUUCAACGUGAGAAAGAGGUCGGUUCUUGCAAAAUAUCAAAGCAGAUUCUUUUAUUCAAUUGCAUGGACUUGAGAGACCCUCAAAUUUUGCUUCCCCGGCUCGCUAAUACAUGUGCUUCCUCAGGUACCUAUUUUUCUAAGGCCUUGUUUGUCCCAAGUAUGUCUGCGUAUAACAAAGUUACAUCCGGUGCCUCGGCCAUUCCUACCGACAUCUCUAAAAAAGACUUAUCGUGGCAAUUCAACCUACAAAGAAUUUGGGAAAAGAUUGUCCAGGGAAAGGAACUUGAUUCUAGUAGCGAGAAAGGCUUCAAUAUCGAUAAUGCAAAAACUUUAUCACACGAGUUUAUUUACCAGGACGCUUCUCGUCGCAACACUACAACAGAUAACUAUAUCGGUUCAAGUGCAGUAAUGCCUUCUCUACCACUGGCAAUCAAAUGGUUAAGAGAUUGUGUUAAGGAAAACCCUUCAAUAAGACUUCAGGUACUUGUGACUGGAUCAUUGCAUUUGGUGGGAGAUGUAUUAAAGGUAUUAAGAAGAUGAUAGUGAUACAAUUACAAACUCACAACAACAGAUCAUUCAUUAUUAUUGAUUACAGAUUGUCUGCUUAAAACAUUCUUUUAAGUUCAUUUUCUUCUUUCAAUCCAAUGUUUUACAUUUAUUGUCACUCUAAAACAUGGCUUGAAUAUUAUUUUCUCAGUGGAAUUCUGAUACACUUUAGUUUGUGAUGUUAUUUGUUGUUGUAAUAUGAGUAAAAGAAACCAUAUUGGACAUCUUUUUUU